GGCCAGCUGGCAAGCCCCCGCCGCCAGUGCAAGUGCAGGUGCAGCAACACCGAACCUCACGCCACGCGCGGGGCAGAGGCGGCGCCGCACAUACAUACCCAGAGCACAGAUCGAUCGAUCGAUCGGCCCCAUGGCGAUCGGCGGGGCGGAGGCCGGCAACGGCGGCGGGGGAGGGGCAGGCGGCGGCGCGGUCGGGGACAAGAGGAGCGUGCUGGUGACGGGCGGCGCGGGGUUCAUCGGCACGCACACGGUGCUGCGCCUGCUGGAGCGGGGCUACGGCGUCACCGUCGUCGACAACUUCCACAACUCCGUCCCCGAGGCGCUCGACCGGGUCCGCCUCAUCGCCGGACCCGCGCUCUCCGCCCGCCUCGACUUCGUCCUCGGGGAUCUGAGGAACAUCGAUGACCUGGAGAAGGUGUUCGCGGCCAGGAGGUACGACGCCGUCAUCCACUUCGCCGGGCUGAAGGCCGUGGGGGAGAGCGUCGCGCACCCGGACAUGUACUACGACAACAACCUCGUCGGCACCAUCAACCUCUACAAGACCAUGAAGAAGCACGGCUGCAUGAAGAUGGUGUUCUCGUCGUCGGCGACCGUGUACGGCUGGCCGGAGGUGAUCCCGUGCGUCGAGGACGCCAACCUGCAGGCCGCGAACCCCUACGGCAGGACCAAGCUUAUCCUGGAGGAUAUGGCGCGGGACUACCACCGCGCGGACCCGGGGUGGAGCAUCGUCCUGCUGCGCUACUUCAACCCCAUCGGCGCGCACAGCUCAGGCGAGAUCGGCGAGGAUCCCAAGGGUGUACCCAACAACCUGCUGCCCUACAUCCAGCAGGUCGCCGUCGGCAGGCUCCCCGAGCUCAGCGUCUACGGCCACGAUUAUCCCACCCGGGACGGCACCGCGAUCAGGGACUAUAUACACGUCGUCGACCUGGCCGACGGGCACAUCGCAGCGCUGAACAAGCUCUUCGACACUCCUGACAUCGGUUGUGUGGCCUACAAUCUGGGCACAGGGCGCGGCACAUCCGUUCUGGAGAUGGUGGCGGCGUUCAAGAAGGCGUCCGGCAAGGAGAUUUCCACCAAGUUCUGCCCCAGGAGGCCGGGUGACGCGACGGAGGUUUACGCGUCCACUGAGAAGGCUGAAAGGGAGCUUGGAUGGAGAGCACAGUACGGAAUCGAGGACAUGUGCAGGGACCAGUGGAACUGGGCCAAGAAGAACCCGUUCGGCUACUGUGGCACUGCCGAAAAGAAGUAGAGUGGAUUCAUCGGAACUCCGGACUGAAAUUGUCCAUAGUGUGCCUGCUCGGUUGUGAUUUUUUGGUGGCUGCAGAUAGUGCUGUAGCGGCUAUUUGUCUGGAACCUAUCAGUGGAAGAUGUAAUAAGUACAGAGACCACUCAAAUGUGCCUACAAAAGUUUCAUACGAUGCCUCUUCUUAUAAGAUUACUAGAGAGAUUGCUUAUCGUAUUUGGAUAGUGCUAAAGCAUAAGCUCUCGGGUUGUGGAAAGCAA